AUGCGUGUACAACUCGACAGAGCCUUGUCGUGCCUAAGCGUGACGCGAAACGUGAUGCGCGGACGCGGCGUAACUACGCGGAAAAGAGAUAGCAAUGCCAGAGAGGGACGCAAGAGCGUGGCGGACGGACCGGAGAUGUGGUGGGGCGUGGGGCGGGCGGCGUCGAGCGCGUCCACGCAGCGGUCGAGCAGCGGCGCGAUCUGGGCGGGCAGCGCCUCACAGACGCCGCGCAGACAGCGCGCCGCCGCCAGACGCGCCGCCACGCACGGGUGCUGCAGCACCUGUCACACACAACGCACAAAUGAGAAGCCGCGAUUGGUCGUCGGUCGAGGUGAACGGUCCAAUCAACUUCGAUUUACACCGUUCGGACGCCGCGAUUCGUCGGCCCAGUUGGGCCGUUAUAGUAGUACAUAC